AUCAGAAUUGACUGUACUGCUCUAGUUUUAGUUCUAAAGUGAUAGCUCAGGGCGUGUCUUAAUUUUUCAGUUGUAUAGGAGACUUUUAUCCACACGAAUCAAGACCUUCCUUCUUUGAUCAGAUAUGUCAUCUUCAACAUGAAGAUUUUGGAUUCAUCUCUGGAGUAAAUAAAUAGUCAUAAUCUGACAAUGAACCUGAUCCGAGAUCGGUGGGCUCGUCCCAACAUGGAAAUGAAUGAAGUUCAUAAUUAUAACUUGGAACUGGUAAAGCAUAGUACAUCUCCACGAUGGCAAAAGAGAGAGUCUACAUUAAUCACAAGCAAAUGUGGAGAAAAUCAAAGUUAUUGUGGCCCAUGUCCUAAAAACUGGAUAUGUUAUAAAAAUAACUGUUACCAAUUUUUUAAUGAGAGCAAAAACUGGUACCAGAGCCAAGCUUCUUGUAUGUCUCAAAAUUCCAGUCUCCUGAAGAUAUACAGCAGAGAAGAUCAGGACUUCUUUAAAUUAGUGAAAUCAUACCAUUGGAUGGGACUAAUACAAAUUCCAGCAAAUGGAUCUUGGCAGUGGGAAGAUGGCACCACUCUCUUACAGAACCAAUUAACAAUGGUUGAAAUGCAGAAUGGAACCUGUGCAGUUUAUGGAUCAAGUUUUAAAGGUUAUACUGAAAACUGUUCAACUCCAAACACAUACAUCUGCAUGCAAAGGAUUGUAUAAAUGCUUAUGAUUUAUAAAAAAUAAAGAAUUCAAGAGCACAGAAGCCAUUCUUGGGGUGCCAGUGUGGCUCCGUCGGUUAAGGCUCUAUCUUUAGCUCAGGUCAUGAU